GGCGAGUAGUAGAUUCGAAUUAAGUCGGAGUCAGUCAGCGGAUGGUCGAAUUAGCACCACAGCAAGAAAACAAGACUAUCAGCAUCCACACCAGUACUUAGUACACUGUCUCGCACCAACAGCAUGGAACCAACCACACAUGGACACACCAGAUCGAUCAUGAAUGCCUUCAGUCGCCCUUUCUGCGCUCUUUUCUGUCAUCUGGUUGCGCCAAGAGCUUCUCCAACGACGCACCGGGGCUGCAGACAGACAGACGGACGAAACGUGCAACAUCAGCGCCACUCAGAGGUAAUACAGGUGGACCAGAUGAGACACUGCAUCCAUACCAUGGUUUCCAGAUGUCGAGGGCGUGCAGCAGCCGCACAAGGAUGAUGUCACGCGCCAUCUGCAGCGCUGCACACACACCGGACAUCAAUCAACUGAGAAUGGCUAGACGCCGCGCGCGACUUGUGUUCGGUAUCUAUCUACAUGCGAGUGCGACGUUGAGCUUUGACCCAGGGAUCUCCUGCCAGUUGACGGCCACCUCAGCCACACGAAGGCCCAGCCUGCACCCACAACACACCACACCCCUGCUGUGUGCUGAAAGGACGCAAGAAGUGUGUCGACUGAUCUAUCUGUCUCUCUGUCUGUCUGUCUACCGUUGCGCAAUGACGAGGACUUCAAUGUCGAAUGCCCAUCGUGUCACGUUGAGUGAGGCGAAGAUGUCUCGCGCGGCGGCCCGCGUGAAGAGCUUGAAGCCGCACUGGGUGUCCUUGACGUUGGAACCCACCAGCAGCGUCACAAACACGUGAAAGCCAUACAUGAGCACAUUCCGGUACCAUGCUCGCUGGAAGCAACGUCCACAACACACAACACACACACACAUCACAUCUUGCCCUGCCCUGUCUCUCUCGGUUUCCCUUGGCCGCUGAGAGCUCUGACUUACAUGUGCGACAGCGUCCUUCUGCAGGUGGGCCCGCGAGCCGAAGACAACGUCAUACUCGGCCGUCUGUGCGUCGGCGGUGGUUGAUGGCUUGCCGGGCGGCCGCCGGGCCCCCCUGUGCAGCUUGGCCUCCAGGUGGGAGAGGUCGCGGAUGUCGGUGGCGCCAUCCGCAUCAACCAUCAGCAGCGACUCACCCUGGCCGAGCAACAUGCCCUGAGAAGGAGGACAGGAGAUGGCUGUGAGUGAGUUGGGGGGAGUCCAUGUGCAUCUGUACUGCAUAUAUGUGUGUGUACCAACCAUUUUGACGGCGAAUCCCUUGCCCAUGUUUCUUCUCAGUCGGACCACUUUCAGCUCCUGAGCUAUCCCGCACUCAGCUGCCGUCGUGCGGGCCACUCUCGCACUGACACAAACAAACAAACAAACAGCCAACCAGAUAAGAGAAUGAAUGAGUGAGUGGCAAGCAGAUGGAACGACACAUAGGCAUGCUCACGUUUGGUCGCGGCUGCCGUCACAGACCACGAGCACCUCGAAUGACUUGGACGGGUCGGCUACACGACGGUCCAGCAAGUACUGUAGACACACACACAGACAGACAGACAGACAGGCAGACAGGCAGACAGCAACACAACAAGAAACCACACAGAUACCUUUAUGUAUCUCCAUCCCCUGUCUUAUGUAUCAGUCGGACGCACCUUAGCGGUGUCUUUGAGCAUUGGCGGCAGCCGGUCGGCCUCGUUGUAGGCAGGGAUGACCAGCGACAGCUCCACCUCCUUGGCUGACUUGCCCUUGGCGUGCUGAACCUUGUGGCAUGCCGACACGAUGAACCGACUGACGACGUCGGAGCUGCCACCGGGAGAUGGCGGAUGUGACGCCGAAUCACCUGUGAGAGAGAGAGAGAGAGAGAGAGAGAGAAAGAGAGAGAGAGAGAUGCAGAACACGCAGGGCAGUCAUUGGUCUGUCCUUUAUGAGCGCUGUGCUUACUUGUCAGAGGGGAGCUGUCCAGAAAGACGUCAGCUAUCUCAUCCCUGAUCGGACAGAACACGAGCACGAGCCACCAUUCAUUCAAGUGCAGGCCCUCUCCCUCCCCACAUCCAUGCGCCUGUCUGUGCCACAACAUACACACACACACACACCUGAACGUGUGAUCUCUGUCCCGCCGCCACUGCAGAUAGGGCUCCAGGAACCAACGAACAAAGAGCAGAAACCCGCCCAGCACCACCUGCACAACCACACAACCAAACACACACACGAGCACUCAGGCAGCCGAAAGGCCUUCACAUGUGCCCCCUGGUUUGCUUACCACAGCGAAGGCUGUGAAAAGGCCGAUCAGCAUCUCCAUGUCAGGAGGUUCAGGGAUCAAUCCACGCUGUCCUCCUAUGCUUCCUGCGGCUGCCGGGACGCCAAAGGAGGAGCG